AUGCCGUUUACCAAGAAGAGGAAGUCCGCAGCCGACUCAGAUGUUGACGACGUCCCCACCUCGAAACGCGGCAAAGGUACCUCGGGUAAUGCCUUUCGACCAUCGUCCAAAGUCCAGGUCGAUGCGGACGGAAACAAGUACUGGGAAAUCGCAAAGGCCCGGCGAGUGACCCUUUCCGAGUACAAAGGACAAACCAUGGUCGGGAUCAGAGAGUACUACGAAAAGGAUGGCCAGUGGUUGCCAGGCAAGAAGGGCAUUUCCUUGACCCUUGACCAAUACUCCGCUCUCAUCCAAAUCACGCCGCAGAUUGAGGACCUGCUCAAGUCGCAAGGCGAGAAAGUGCCACGACCGAAUUACAGUGGGAAUGCGCCGGCAGAGGAUGACGAGCAAGAUGACAACGAAGGGGAGCAAAGAGACGCGAAGCCGAACAUCGAUGCUACGAGUGAUGAAGAUGAAUGA